GCCUGUGACCCGAGAACUACACCUCCAAUUUCUCAGCGCCGAAUCAUUUGGUUUUUCGGAUUCUAUUCCCCGAGUCUCUUUCUUCGCGGGGUUCUUUUUUUCUUCUUUCUUCUCGCCUCCACAGCCUUUCUGGUCGGCUUUUGGAUAUUGGGCUUAGAAAUAAGCUGUAACUUCUCCUCAAGUAAAUUAAGGGCCAGUUAUGUUCUACAAUAUGAUGGAUUGCCAUGUGGAGCUUGAAUUAUUGCUGCAAAUAGAUGAAAUUUGUUGCCUCCUUUGAUUCAAGGAUGAAAAUUGAGGCGAGUCCUGCCUUAUCCGUUCCAAGUUCAAGUGCAAGGAGGCAUAGUGGUGCAGGGGUAGCUGAAGAAUUAUCUAAAUCAUUAAGGGCCCUGCUGCCCCCUUGUUUGGAAGAGACAUAUCCUAAGUUGCCAGAUUCUCAACAGGUUUCAAUGGAACGAGAGCUGGUAUCAAGGCCUCUCGUUCAUGCAAGUCAUUUACACUCUAGCAGUGGAGUAGUUGGUCAUAUAUUUUCGUCUUCUCCAGGGUUUUCGACAGAUCUCCAUUACUCGUCCGUUUCAUUUUAUGAAAAUCAAUCAGAUGCACCAUUCAUUCCCGAGUCAUCAACGAAUGGGCCACUGUUUCAUUCUCAUUCAGAACUCCUGUCGUCAACAAGCCAUCCUACUAGUGAAAAUGCCAGUUCCUGGUGUUCGGAUGCACUGCCAGGUUUUCUGGAAGGUCCUGAAAAUAACCCCCUUGGCAAUAGUAAUGUAGAAAACAAUAGUUGCAGCUCUGUUAUUGUAUCAGAUGAAUUCKACAAAGAAAAUGAUUGGCAGGAAUGGACUGAUAGACUAAUAACUGAUGAUUCAUUGAUUUCUAAUUGGAGUGACCUUCUAGCGGAUGCCAAUGGUGGUGUAGAUUUGGAACCAAAGAUGGUGCACCAAGCAACUAAACCGGCAAUAAAAAUGCAACUGCAGCAGUCUCAAGUUCAAAAUCAGAUUCCUUCUUCUGGGGAACUUCCUAUGAUUGCCACCUCAACUCCCUCUUCAAAUGGACCCCCCUCCAAGCCACGAAUGCGAUGGACACCAGAACUUCAUGAUGCAUUUGUAGAGGCUGUAAACAAACUUGGUGGUAGUGAAAGAGCUACUCCGAAGGGUGUUCUGAAGCUUAUGCAAGUGGAGGGUUUGACAAUCUAUCAUGUUAAGAGCCACUUGCAGAAAUAUAGAACGGCUAGAUAUCAGCCAGAAUCAUCAAAAGGGUCAACGGAGAAAAGCACCACAUCGCUUGAGGAUAUUUCAUCUCUCGAUCUGAAAACGAGUAUUGAUAUCACAGAGGCUCUACGCCUGCAGAUGGAAGUUCAGAAAAAGCUACACGAACAACUCGAGAUCCAACGAAAUUUACAGUUAAGAAUAGAAGAACAGGGGAAGUACCUUCAGAUGAUGUUUGAAAAACAAUGCAAAUCGAGCAAUAACCUGACAAAGGCAUCAACAUCGGCCUCCACUUUGGAGGAUUCUCCAUUCUCUUCCAAAACAGAGCUGGAAGCUUCUCGGUUGGAAAAUCGCACGAUCCACACCGAUCCAUCUAAUGCUGACAUGAUAUCUGAAAAGGUUACUGAUGAAGUAUGUGGGCAACCAGAAGCUCCUCGUAGGGAAGUACGGGCRAAUCUUGAGCCGAAUGUUUCUGAAUCUAGCUCUCAGCUAUCAAAGCGCCAAAGGACGGAUGAGUAGGUCAUGUUGUCUAUAGUCUGUCCAUACUGAAUCUUCAAAAUGGCAGUGUAGGUUGCGGGAAAGGGUAGCUCCCUGGUUUUUGCUUUGAGUAUGAUAUAGGCAUUACAUAUAUAUGGUCUCUCACAUUCUCUUUGUAUGUGGAGAUCAUACACUUGGUUGCAACUUUAGGCGCUGAGAUCCUUUCAAUAUGCAACUGGAAGUGUGUUUUGUAACAAACUUCUAUGAUACCAUUUGUGUAAUUCUUAACCUCUUUUGCAACAA